GACCAGUUAUUCGACUGACAGAGGGGGGAGAAGAGAGGAUGAGAGGUACCACUAUCCACCAUUUCAUUGUAUUUCAAGCUGGAAAGCCAAGACCGGAUAUUCUUUUACUCAUUCUCUGAGGAUGAUUAACAAUUCAACAGCGUCGGCCUGAAUUUCAGUAAAAAAAAAACAACGAGCGUCUGUUUAGGGCGUGUGUGUGUGUUUUAAGAUUUCUUUAAUAGAGUUGCAGCUGUUGAUUUAAAUAUUUCUGUAAAAUUUUCGAAAAUGUGUGGCAUCUGUGAAUGUGCGUGUUUGGGAUGUUUUGGAGUUUGUGCGGGGGCCGUAUUCCUGGUCACCUUCUAUUUUUUCUUUGGAAUAAUUUUCUUGACAUUGGCGAUGAAAGCGAGAGCAGCGGUCUCAUUAUACAGUGAUUUGAUCACUUAUGACGUCUCCUUAUUUCCAACGUUAUGCAUCGUCAUUGGAAUCUUAUUUACAUUCCUGACUUUCAUGGGAGCAAUUGGACAGCAAAAGGGACGCAAAACUAGAAUUGCAUAUUCUUUAGCGCAAGUGGCUGUUUUGCUGCUGGGACUCUACAUUUACAUUGAUGCUUAUCCAAACGAAGCGAAACUAGAGAAACAUUUAUUCCAAGGACUCAAUUCUACCAUUCAUGAUUAUGGGCUGGAUGUUGUGGCUGGAGAGAAAUCCAUCACCGAUUCUUGGGACCAAAUGCAGCAAAAUUUGAAAUGUUGCGGAGUGAAGAAUUACAUGGAUUGGGAAGAUAUUCGACCCCACGGACCACAAUCACCACCAACGCCACAAAGUUGUUGUCUAGAAGAUCAUCGAAUGACCGGAUGUUCAUUGCACGUCAGAUUCGAUCACCCUGCAGAAGCUAAUAAAAUUAUUCAUGUUCAGGGUUGUCUCAUGGCGGUGAGGGAAGAAUUACUUGGCACGAUGCAAGCAUUACACUGGUUUCUAAUCCCAAUUUUAAUCAUGGUUUGUAUCGGAAUUAUCGUCUCAACUUGUUCGAGUGGGGUCAGGAAAAAUACGGAAAUGGAGGAAAAGAAGGUGGGUCCAAUAAUAAUCAAAAUGAAGGUGAGGAAAACUGAGCCUACUUCCUAUGAUGUCGAAGCUGCAGAGAAAGGUAAUUUGGGCGAUAACAAUGAUGAGGAGAAAGACGUCGAAAUGCAAAAACUCAACCCAGAUGGACGCAAUAAAAGCGAUGGGGAGGAUUGAUUGUUUUAUAUGGAAGACGAGACAAAGAGGAUAGAAAUUUACUGCCAAUUUUGAUAUUUAUUUCCUUUACAAAAUUAUUACUUGUUACGUUGUAUUUAUUUUUGAAAAUGUCGAAAUCAAUAAAUUAUUCAUUUCUUCUUUU